UAAAAUCUUUAUUGAAGGAUGUAAGAUGUAAUAAUGAAAAUAAUCUUAAAUAGAAAAAAGACCAGAGCUAGUUCAAAAAUUUUCUACUUAAAUUGAGAGUUUUAAUUGAUGAAUUGUUAAAACCAACUCCAGAUCCAGAGGAACAACCAAAACCAUAAGUCAGAAGAGCAAAAAAAUAAAAAAAACAAAAAGAUCCUCUUGCACCAAAAAUGCCUAAAUCAGCCUUCAUUUAUUACUUUUAGGACAAGAAGGAGAAAUUUUAAUUCUAAUAUCCAAGUGUUUAUUAAAUGUAUAAGUAGAUAUACAAUUUCAAGAGAUUACAAAAUUGAUAGCUAAUGAAUGGAAAGAUUUACCAACAGAAAUCAAACAGGUAUUUUAACUAAAAAAAUAAAUAGUUAUAUCAUAAUCAAGCUGAAUAAGAUAGAAAUCGCUAUUCUUAAGAGUAAGAGUUAUAUAAAUCACAAACAGGGAAACAAUCAAAUGGGAAAGGUUAAGCUAAAGCUAAUAAAUCUAGUGUUAAAAUAGAGAAAAUUAUAAAAACUUUAGAUUAAGAGGAUGACAAUGAUUCAUUUAGUGCAGAUAUAGAUUAAGACUGAUAUCUAUAUAAGAAUAUUUUAAAAUAAAAUUGAUCUAAAUAUUUGGAG